ACAGCCACCAAAACGAGUGCGCGAGGAGGACUACAAAUAAGAGUGAUAGUGGCAGAAGGAUACAAGACUCAUUUCUGAGCGCGAGAUUCAGAAGAAACAAACCUCAAAACACAAAACUGCAGUCAUGGCUCAAGGUAAGAUAAACUCUCUGUGUCUAUGUUCUUUUUAAUUUACCCUUUUUAAAAAAUCACUUAAAAUAUUUUAAUAACGAGAAGAAACAUAUUUUUUGUUGUUGGAUAAGCAACUUGUGAUUUACAACUAUCUUAAAACAAACAGGUUUAUUUAUGGUGACAUGAUUGCUUUACAUAUUUAAUUUUAGUAUUUUGCUUGGACAUCCUUAUAUGGUCUUUAGUGAUGGUGUUUAAAGGAGAAAUCUUUAUACCUUGAUUUAUUUGUAUCUUAUUUGCAGUCGUGCUCGUUUUCUAUACUAACAGAUGGUAUGAUGAGCAGAACAGGAGAACUUUCCCUGUGUGGCUCCACAUGCUGAGCAUAUAAAGUCUUGUAAUCACAGCCUACAUACUACUUCACACUGUGUCCUGGUUAGCUGGCUUCAUUGCUGCAGGAGUGACUCUGUGAGGCACACUUUCACCAGACAUCUGAAGACCUGUGCAUGUAAAAAAUGUUUCACACUCGUGUCUGAGGAGAUGAUUGUUGCUCUGGGCCCUUUGACACAUAUAAUAACAGCUGAGAGCAGCUGGAGCCUCCACUUGUAAACUGUUGCGGACUUUAUAGGCACAUGGAGCACCUCUCAAACUCUUCUCAGAGACAUUUAAUCUGACCAGUGAUCAAAUACUUUGUUUGCAUUUCAUCAUCACACUUGUUAUAUAUUUGUUGGAGUGUGCAGAAAAUGUGGAACUGAGAAGGAGUAAAGGGCCGUAGUUUUCACUUAUAGAGAUCAAAUGAAAAAAAAGUGGAUCUGAACAGUAUUAUAUUUCACAAUUAUCCUAUGGUUAUUUUAAAAAAAGGCUUAUGCCACUCGAUGUAUUUUGUUUUUUCAAAAGUGUGCAAGAACAUGACAUUAUCCAUUCAACAUGCACAAAUCAUUAAGUUCAAAAGUGCCCUGCGUGCACUUGUGCAGUCAGCUUGGGUGUUACCUUCCCAACUGAGAACUCCUUUCACUUCUGAAGAGAGUUUGUGUAUUUAUUUUUCCAAAGGAUUAAAAUGGUGUUUACUGUACCAGCUUCAGUCUGCAUGAAAAAGCAAGAUUUUAUUUAGAUUUCCAUAAAGCUAAUGCUCGCUGCAGUGCCGUUUACUGAGACAAUCCUCUGCAUUGUGGGUCAUGGUCUGCAGCGUAGGCGUGUGCAGUAUGUAUGUAGAGGUCAGUGUGAAAGGCCGGGUCAAAGCUUAGGAAUCUCUGCCCAUUUAUCUUCUAUCGGAGAGUUUUGUAGUCUCAAAAUCCUAUUGAUUUGACUGUAUUUAAACAUAUUUAGUUUGUCUUAUUUAGCACAACUGCUCACCUUCUGCUCUAUAACAACUGCUUCACUUAAAAUGACAGUCUGUUGCACUGCAAUUUCACUUGGCGCCCUCUUUAGCUGUCAAAAAGAGGCCCCAAAAUGCUGCAGAAAUAAUGACGUCACUUCUGCCACUAGUAUGUUUUUUUUUUCUGUCUGAUUUGGGUCCUAUAUGUAUAUAUAACCUCAAUAUGGUUUUGUUCUCUAUAAUUGCUUUCAUUUUCUUCAACCUCAGCAGCUAUUUUAUUAGACUCAAUUUCACAGAGGGUUUUAUUCAACAUUUUUCUUUUCAAAGGGAAAAAGUGAGAGAAAAAAAUAAGUUUCUGAUUAAAUGCGAGCUCAAUUGUUUAACUAUCCACAACCUAAUCAGCAGGGCCUGCAGACUUCAGACUACAACCUGCAGCGGUCCAAGAAUAAGUCGCGAUAUCAUCUUAUAGGCAUUUGCUCCAAUUAGACACACUAACGUGCUGAAUAAAGAACAGAUCCACGGUCAAGGUCGGUGAAAAGAUUUGAGAAAUUUAGACGAAUAGUCUCUGAGGACUUCUCGUAAAACAGCAGGAAGGCUUUGAAGCUAAGUCUUUGUUGUUUCAAGUCUAGUAUAGCCAUAACAUCGGCACCCCAAGCUUGUUUCCUACAGGCUUUUCCCAACACCAAAGAAUACCAAAGAAUAAUAAUGUUGGUGAGUUUCACCUCCUGAAAUGUCACAGAGCUGCCCUGACACUUGUUCUUGCAGCUGGAGGACCAUGGAUGCAUUGGUAAGGAGGGGACCUCCUAGAAAAUCUGAGGGCUUGAUCCUCUUAGUCACAGCUUGCCUUGGAGAGAAGGUGUGGUUGUGUGUUUGCACACUUCCUCAGGGAGGGACUGUCUGUGUAUACCUCCUGUUGAAUCUGUACAGAAAGCUCUCUGAAACAAAAUUAUCUCACAAUAAAUUAGUGUACGUACCCACAGAAUUUGUAAUAAUUUCCUAGAGCAGAUGCUUUAAAAAGAAGGUAAACAAACCUUCACAAACAUUUGAUGUCUCACUCUUUCUUAAAAUCCCUCUGGAAAAAGAAGUGAGUAAAAGUGGGUUUGUUUGUUCUGACUAGCGAGGAACAAGGUUUACUUUUACAGUACAUAGUAUACUACAAUCAUGGCCACAACACGGAGAAAACUAGACGGUAGUAGACCACAAGUCUGCUAUAAAAGAAGUUAAUUGUAAUUGUGUGGUCCUAAUAUCCUGUAUCAUACACAGCUUUAAGUUUUACUAUGUGUGCAAUAACAAAACUUGCAACAUUUUAAUUAUAAGCACAAAAACCUUUUAAUUGUUAAAUUAAUCCUCAGACCUAGAUUGCAUCUGGUGCGCUUGUAAUAGAUGUAUGUUUCACAGGUAUUUAAUGACUGUGGGUCUAGUGUAGUACUCCUAAAUCACUUUGUAGCAUUUAAUGCACUCAGUAUUUAGUUGAAAAUUACAGCAGCUCUUGACAAAUCCAAUGUACUGUAGUCAGUUAAUGGUGCAGUUUGUAAUUAGUCAACAAAAGAGAUCCAGUAGAAACAGAGAACAAUAUUUGAGAGUAUGCGCAAAUUAGUGGAUCAGCACCUGAAUAUGAGGAAAGAAUCUCUUCCAAAAGGGGCUGUUAUCUAGCACCACUACGUUUCUACAGUAGUACAAGACAGACAUGAUAAUAGACGUACAUGUUUUUGUAUUUAGUGUCCGUGUGUAAUGCAGCAGCUGAACGAUGAAGAGGAAGAGAGGGAUUAUUCAAAAGCAUUAGUAUUGUUUGAUAGAUUGACAGAUUGUCAAAAUGCGGCAAAUGGAGUCAUUCUUGUGCAUCACCAGAGCUUUUUGUCCUUCAAGACCAUUGCUUCACUGUUGGUGGGGGUGAACAAGUGAACAUUUUAUUCUGGAAUCUGAUCACAAGAUAAAGCUAAAUAUUCUGAUAGCUACACAGUGUGCCUUUAACUUGUAAUCCUUUGCUUGGCUCUUGCCUUGUUUGAGUCAGGGAUAAUGUUGUUAAAGCUGAUUGCAACCUAAGCAAGGUGAGCAGGACACCGUUUACUUUACAUUAUCCUGCUACUUACUGAAUAAAAACCUCUAACUCUCCACCGGACAUUAAUUUUGAAAUAGUUUUAUUGACUUUAUAACCGUUGUGUUGAAAAUGGUUUGCAACGCUUGCGGUUUGAGUUGUUUCCAUAGUAACAGUAAACUCUGCAGCCUUCUUACUACGAGCAAACCUCACUGUGGUUACUCACAUCAAACAGACCAGUUCCACAAGUAGUGAAGGAAAACAAACACCGAAUGAAUGGUCUAGUUUUUUGUUUUCCGCCCUUAUUACUGUCAGUUUGUGUCAUUUGCUUUCCCAUUUGUCCGUCUUCAUGAUGCUCAUGUCUUCAUUACACAAAGCGUUUUUGCGUCUGUGACCUCACCUGCCAUUUUCAAAGCUACCAUUUCCUCCCCCAAUCUUUAAAAAAAAAAACAAUAUUUAACGAACCAGACUUCUUUCAACGGAUUGAUAAGAUUCCAGGUAGUCUGCCAAAGUCUUUGGUCAGGCUGCAUCCCCAGCGAUAAUGUGUUCUUAUAGUAAUUUUGUGAUAUAACAAUCAAAUGCUAUGGAGUAAUCACCAAUCAGAAUUAAGUGUUUAACACAGCCAUGUAAAAAAAACUGUUGAUAUCACACAAUAACUGUUCUUCAUUAAAGUAAAUAUCUCACCAAAACACCUCUGUGAUGUUUGAAUUUUCAAACCUUCUCUCCUCUUCAAAGCUCUGGACAUUGAUCGUUGGACCCUGGAGAGUGAGUUCAAUAACAUGGACCACCGCACUGAUCUGAAUGGGGUGGAUCGUCUGAUUGUGAGGAGAGGCCAGCCGUUCACAAUCAGUCUGUACCUUCGCUCUGGAGUCUACCAACCAGGGCUCAGCUCUCUUGAGUUCAUUGCAGAAACAGGUACUUCUUAUUUCACACCUGUUAAACUCUUUACAAGUAUCUUAACUUCAGUCAGGUAGAGCUGUCAAAAUAAAAAUAAAAGUUAUCAUGUAAAUUAUAUUGAUAAAAACCGCUUCUGGAAUAAAAUAUAUUUUUACUGCAAUCAAACUGCUGGAAAGUUAAUAUAACCAGCUUCCAUAUGAAUUAUGCAUUUUUACAGCCCUGCAAAACCAUAAUGGUAUUAAACAUACUGUGGUUGUUUCCUCUUAGUCAGGAAGUUAGGGUCGUUUUGCUGGAAACUACUUUGUUUUUGUGCUGACAUUACUUUCUUUGUUACCUAUUGUUAUUUCAAAGAUGAGGGGGGAAAGAGCUGUAAUGGUGUUGGGAAGGAAAUAGGAGUAAUUCCCCUUUGCUCUGUGAUACUGCUACUGGGCUUUAUAAUGAGAAUACUUUCUGACUGUAGCUGAAUCCUAAAUUUUUUGGCUUUCCCAUGUCAAUUCCAGCUCCUCCCUUAUUUUUUGAUUGUGUAAAAUGGACUUCACUGUUAUUAGUUUCACUCCACAGAUACAUUAGACUUCAGAAAACGCUUGAAAAACAUCUGUAUCAUCUUCUCAGCUCAUAUUUGUAUAAGCUCCUCAUGCAGAAUAGACAGCUGCUAAUAUCUGACUGUUUAAACAGGAAAUGUUGCUUGCCAACAGGAAAGCAUGUGUAUAGAGAUAAAGUUAUCAACCUUUCUAAGUUAAGUGUAUUUUGAUGGAUUAGAGGAGGACACUUCAUCCUCCCAAUGAGAAGGAAGUGAUCGAACCUGUUGCCCUUAUUUAAGUUGGCUGCGCUGUGUGGAAAACGUGAAGGAGUUUACAGACUGAAGGCAACAGUUUAUGUAACUCACAUCUCACUGAACCAGUUUGGUCAUCUUUAGGCACUAUUACACAGUUGCUGCAUGAGACAACAUUCUUAGGAUGUUUGAACUAAAUUUGGGCACAAUCAGGAAAAGGAUUAAAAUGCUCCCUGAGACUUUCUAUUCCCCUGACACAAAUAUUCACAGAGAUCUUUUCCCACAUGAAUUUUACAGACUCUAACUAAGUCAUUGUUUCAUGCAGGUCCUCAACCCUCUGAGCAAUAUGGCACCAGGGCCUCCUUUGGUCUCUCUGCUCACAUCGACACUUCCCGCUGGAGUGCUGCGGUCACCAGCCCCCCUGGAGACAUGGUGGCCCUGUCUGUCUGCUCUGCCCCUGAUGCACCCAUAGGCCGCUACACCCUAACACUGGGGCAAUCAGGGCGGAUUGAGUUCAUCCUGCUCUUUAACCCCUGGUGCCCAGGUGGGUAAACAGACCAUACGUCAAGCUGUCAUGACGUGGAUCUUGUAUGGCAAUCUUGCUCUUUUCAUGGCUGUGAGGAUCAUGUUUCAUUCAGGAGCUAUUCAGGAGCUGUACACCGUAACACCGAGUUAGACACCCCCUCAAGAGAUGAAUGUUGCUGACCGUGUGCGACCAACUUAAGUAACAACCGCCGAUAGCAAUACACAGCGAUCUGAGGAGCCAUACACAAACCUCAACCAAAACGCCACUCUAUAGCCACAAAUAAUACUCAGAACAGCACCUAACUUUAUCAACAGGACAUAUAGGGUCCCAGCCAUAGCACUAGCCACCAAACAUCUUUUUAACUUUGCCUAAUUUCUAUAGCAAAGAGACUAAACACAACUCACCUACUCUCUUCCAGCAGCCACUUGUUUGUAGCGAGACCUUGGGCCAGUCCAUUAUGGACUACAGUGAGGUGAUGCAGCUCAAGGAAGAACAUUUAUGAUCAUUACUUUAUCAUUUCCUCAAAGUAAUAUUCAUCAUAUUAAUCAUUUUGCAGACGCGGUAGUUCUUAUGCUUUAGCAUCUCGGUCUGAUUGUAUUUCCAUGAAGAAAUGAGGAAGCGUCACCCCGCUGUAGUCCGUAAUGGACUGGCCCAAGGUCUCGCUACAAACAAGAGGCUGUUGGAGGAGAGUAGGUGAAUUUAGUCUCUUUGCUAAAGAAAUAAGGCAAAGUUAAAAAGAUGUUUGAUGGCUAGUGCUAUGGCUAGGACCCUUUAUGUACUGUUGAUGAAGUUAGGUGCUGUUCUGAACAUUAUUUGUGGCUAUAGUGGCGUUUUGGUUGAGGUUUGUGUAUGGAUCCAUAGACUGCUGUGUAUUGCUAUCAUGCACUCAUUACUAAAGUUGGUAUAACUAGAGAAGCAAGAGGUUGGCAACAUCCAUCUCUCGAGGGGGUGUCUAACUCGGUGUUACGGUGUGAUUGACCCUAAAUGAUUUUUACGCCGGAAUAUCCCUUUAAGGCUGGAGCCAUAGGGGUUAAUAUUGGAGCUAACUGGCUACAGUGUAUGUAGGUUGACUAAUUUAAAAAAUGACAUACUGGGUUUUUGUUUAAGAUUAUUCAACUUUUUCUGUUAAAGGAGUGGAGCUGCCACAGUAAUUUAUGAACUUAAAAGUGGCUUGCUGUCUUUCUGCUUCGUCUCUUUACACCAAGCUUUGCUAACUCACUCCUGACAUAAAUGAUAGCAGAUAUUAAUCAGAAAACACCUACAAGUGUACAUUUGUUAAAUAUGCAAUGAGCUAACUCCAUCACCAGCAUGAUGAGAGUAUAAAUGUGAUUUUUGGCUCAAGUAAUUUUGGUCAUUCUUUAUGAGGACAUUUACUGUAAUCUUUAUGAUGUCUCUUGGCAACAGGGGAUGCAGUAUACAUGGACAAUGAGCAGAAUUUGGCAGAAUAUGUGUUAUCUCAGGAUGGGAUCAUCUUUCGGGGCAGCUACAAACAUCCCAUACCAACUGCAUGGAACUUUGGCCAGGUACCAACACCAACACUACUGCUGUCAGCUUCCAGCACACAUACUGUAAUCUGCCAUGGGAGUUUGAUUCUGAUAACAUGGAACUAGUCACUUAUCAAGUGAUAAAUUAAGUGUUAUAUAACCCAACAACGCAGAAAUUUCUAAAUAUCCAACACUGAAAUUAACUGAGAUAUUUAUAUCUCCAUGAUAGUGGAAAGAAAAAGAGAGGAGUGUUGGAGAAGUGUCUAUGAGAUUUGAUAUGGUUUGAUUAGCUUGGCAUCAGCUGUGAAUAGCUUGUGCAGCUGUUAAGUUUUACAGUGCUGCAGAACCACACAUUUAAUUUGCAAUGUCUUUUCGUGUGUUUUUGCUGAAACAUUUUCCACCUCUGUCUCUCUCACUGAUGACUAAUCAGCAGACGUGAUUGUUUUCAUGUCUUUGUUUUUCUAUAGUUUGAAAGUGGAAUCCUGGAUGUGUGUCUCAGGAUACUGGAUAUGAAUCCGAAAUGUCUGAGGAAUCCCGGCAAAGACUGCUCAGGGAGGAGAAAUCCCAUCUAUGUCUCCAGAGUGCUUAGUGCCAUGGUAAGCCGCGAUCAUUUCUGGUCUCUCUAUUCACAAAAAAGUUAAGAGGAAACUAAUGUUUGUUGAAUUCAGAUGACGAGACAUGACACCCAAGAGUUUUCAUGUUUAGCCCAAGGAAACAAAUGUUCAUCAUUUACUUACCUCCCCGUUAGGUGAAUUGUAACGACGACAAAGGCGUGUUGCUGGGAAAAUGGACAGAUGGCUAUGAAGGAGGUGUCAGCCCUAUGUUCUGGAGGGGAAGUGUGGAGAUUCUGCGCAACUGGGACACACAAGCCUGUCAGCCUGUUCGCUAUGGACAGUGCUGGGUGUUUGCUGCAGUGGCCUGUACAAGUGAGAUAGCAGGCAGUGGAGCUUUGUAGCCUAUCACUGGCAAACACACUCGAUAUGCCUCAAACAGACAAAACAGAACAUUACACUUAGAAACACACUGUUAUGAUUUAUAUUCUGCUCUUCCUCUAAGCACCACAAUACUCAUGUAGGUUAUUCUUUAUCCUGUUAGUUUCCAGAGCCCUCGGCAUUCCUUGCAGAGUUGUCACCAACUAUCUGUCAGCCCACGAUACAAACAACAACCUGGUGAUUGAACGUUACAUAAAUGAAAACGGAGACCUUGUGCAGUCCAGAGAGAUGAUAUGGUAUGUAUGUUUUCGUAUGGGCGGUGUGUAGGAUAAACAUACUUGUAAUGUCUGGACAUAAUUCAUCCAAAAGGAAAAAAAGGUGAACUGACACACCUCACAAUCUUUAGGUCUUUGGUAUGUGUGCAAAAAUAUAUGAUUACCUCCUGUGAAUUCUUUAAAAAUUAAUCAAAAAAAUCUCUGAAAAUCAUUAAACUUCACUUUUUUUCCCCAAAAAAUAUACAAGUUCCAGGAGCUUCCUCUGGCAUAUACUUCAAAUUUGGCUUCAUGAUUUCAAACAACACACAAGAUUUCUCAAAGGGGGUAAAGUAAGGGAAUAAAAAUACUAAGUGUAUUGUUUUUGUAGGAAUUAUCACUGCUGGGUGGAGAAUUGGAUGACCAGGCCUGACCUCAAAUCUGAUUUUAACGGCUGGCAGGCCAGUGAUCCAACACCUCAGGAGAAAAGUGAAGGUUAAAAGCAUACUACCCUAAAGAGCAGCUGAGUCACUUCCUCACCAAAACAAAUCAAUCAUAUCUGAUUAGUUUCCAUUUUUGUCAUUAGGAGUGUACUGCUGCGGCCCCAUCCCUGUCAAAGCCAUAAAAGAGGGCGAGCUCUUGUCCAAGUAUGAUGCCCCAUUUGUCUUUGCUGAGGUCAACGCCGAUGUCAUCACCACGAUGAGGAAAAAAGAUGGCAGUACGUCAAAAGUCACAACCACGACAGUGGUGGGACAGAAGAUCAGCACCAAGAGAGUGGGCAGCGAUGCUAGAGAGGACAUCACUCAUCUGUACAAAUACCCUGAAGGUGAAGAAAGAACUAUUAAUAGUAAUGCAUCAGAUUUCAUAUAGCGCUUUAUCAGAGACCCUCAAAGCGCUUUACAUUGGAUACAUCAUUCAUUCGCUCACACAGUCACACCUUGGUGGUGGUAAACUACCUUAGUAGUCACAGUUGCCCUGGGACAGACUGAUGGAGACGUGGCUGCCAGUUUGCACCUACAGCCUCUCAAGGCACCACACAACACUCACAAUCAUAAACCAGUGGAGGACACACACUGGGAGCAAGGCGGGUUAAGUGUCUUGCCCAAGGACACAACAGACAGAUUCAGGAUAGGGGGGGAAUUGAACCACCAACCUUCAAUUUAUUGGACGACUGCUCUACCUCCUGAGCUACUGCCGCCCUAACUAGACUAAACGUCACUAAAGCAGGUCUAACUAUCAACAGUGCAUGGAAGCAAAACAUUCAGUAAAAUAAGACCAUCACUGUAAAUAAACCCUUGACUGGCUAGUCUCACCACUACAUAAAUUCUCACAUUUAACAGGACUUAUUUCUCUCCACUGAAGAAAGUACCAGGCCUUUACUCUGAAGUAAGCUUGUAUUAAAGUCAGGCCUUUAUUCUAAAGUUGUUUGAUCAGAUCAGAGUUUUUUUUUAGUAUGAAGACAUUUUCUGAGUGGCUUCAGUUUUACCUCCUAUAAAAUAGUGUAUCAUACUGUUAGUUUAAAACUAAAUAGUUUAUAGUUUUGUUUUAAACUAACAAGCAUUACAUUAGGAAGACUCUGUGUUUCUGAGGAGGCCUUUAUUAUUUUUUACUGUAAGAUUUUAAAAACAAUUCUGCACUCAGGAUACCGCCUCUGCCCUCUUGUGGUAAUCAUGGGUUACAACAAUCUACACUAAAGCAUACAACUGACAAAUAACACGAUAAUUUUAAGGAUUUUUUCCAGAGAAAAACAAAAGAUUGGGGCGCACAGAUGGCAGAGCGGGUUAGCACACCCCACCUUUGGGACCGCAGUCCCUGCAGCGGUUUUGGGUUCGGGUCCUGCUCCGACCAUGUGCUGCAUGUCCUUCCCUCUCUUUCUAUCUCCCCAUACUUCCAAACUGUCCUAUCAAUACAGGCAAAAAGUCACCAAAAAAGAUUAAAGAAUCAUCAUGUUGGACGCAUAUCGACCGUGGCUUUAAUUUUAGAUUGACUCUUUUUUACAGCAAUGAAGAACAAAAGGUUAUUCCUUAUGCCUUUGUUUAGCAAUGUAAGGUGUACAUUCCCCAAUUAAUAAAGUCAAUUUUUCACAUUAAAAAUUAAAAGUUGUCUGUUGGGAUAACAGUGCAUGCUUUUAUUGGGCUCAUACUUCCAGGCUCAGAUGAAGAGAGAGAGGCAUUUAAGAAGGCCAACCACCAAAACAAGCUCCUCCAGCAGCAGCAGCAGAAUCAAGGCCUACACCUCACCAUCAAAGUCACAUCAGACAUGAGGCAGGGCUGCGACUUUGACGUGUUUGCUGUGGUGACCAACAACACAGAAAGUGACAAGAAGUGCCGUCUGUAUUUUGGAUCCUGCGCCAUGUCUUACAGUGGCUUCUUGGGCGAGAACUGCGGUUUCAAAGAUCUGCUGAAUGUUGAACUCUCACCUGGAGCAGGUGAGCCAAGUUCCUGUAUAGUAUUUACAUAAAGAUGAUUUAUCUGUCUUUUUACAGUGAGUGUUGAAUUUACUCUGUGUCUUCUACUAGAGCGACGAGUCCCACUGCGGCUGAACUACUCAAAGUACGGUGGUGUGCUUACUGAAGACAACUUAAUCCGUCUGGCAGCUCUCCUGUUGGAUUACAGCACCGGAGAGCACAUACUGGCAGUGAGAAACAUUGUGCUGGAGAACCCUGAAAUCAAAGUCAGAGUGAGUACAAUGACCCUCAACUAGUGGUGUAGACUUAACAAAAAGAUAGCGCUGUAUAAUCAUGUCCUGACAACUUUUUGGCUUCAAAUGUAAAUCUAAAAAUAAAACAGCCCCUGAACUUUUUUCAAGACUUAAAAAAAAAAAUUCUGCCAUUUAGUCUUUCUGACUCUGUCCAAAGUAAAACAAAGUUUGAAUCAAGCCUAAUUGUGUUGUACUUGCUGUAAGACUUAUAUGGAGUAACACCUGGUCAUGUCUUUGAUUUGCAGAUUAUUGGUGAACCAAAGGAGAACAGGAAGCUGGCUGCUGAGAUCACCCUCCAAAAUCCCCUGCCAGAGCCGCUGGAGGGCUGCUGCUUCAGCAUCGAGGGGGCCAACCUCACUGGAGGGCGUGUUAUCUCUGAAAGGUUGUAUGAUCUCCUCCCCAUUCAGUCCCAAAAAAGAUAACCACUGACUGACACAAACCUGCGACAGAGCUUUUGUGAAAUAGAAAUUAUGGCACCUAUAAUCAACACAUCAUUUGUCUUAUAAACAGACAUUUAGAAAAACCAGCAGCUGAAACACUUUUCACUAAAACAAAAGCAGUUUUUGUUGCCUUUUAUAGAACUAAUGAUUUUGUGUAAUGGAAAUGUUUUUUUUAGAUUGACUUUAGAGCUUAUGAAAAAUGGGUUUCUGGUUUGUUGCCUCAGACUUUGUUCAUCCUCCAGAUGUCUUCCUAUUUAGUCAGGACAGGAACCUGCUGUUCAGUGCUGUCCACCAAAAAGAAAAGUUAAAAGUGGCACUUUCAUCAAGAAAUAUUUCGACUUUCUGACCUCUAAUCCUUAAAAAAGCAGUUCUGUCUACAUCCACUCCUUAAAAAGUCAAGACUGUCAUACUUUUCAUGUCAGUGUCAAUAGAUGAUGUAAACAUUUAUACAAUGAGAGGAGUAAUAAUUCCUCCAAGUGUGCGUAACAAAUGCAAUAUCAAAUAUUUGUCUUACAGGGUGGGCUCCUCAGUGGGACCUGGGGACGAUGCCAAGGUGAAAAUCUACUUCACUCCCACUCAUUCUGGGCUGAGAAAGCUGGUGGUUGACUUCGACAGCAACAAGCUGUGUCACGUUAAAGGUUACAGAAAUGUCAUCAUUGGAAAGUAGUGCAUUCAGUACCUUUGCAGUGUAUUAUAUAGCAGUAUUUGUACUCUUUAUAUUGAAACUAUUUACUCUUGAGCCAUCUGGAAAGAGCCUACUUGUGCACAGUUUUAACUGUGACUACAUGUAUAUCUAUUCAUUUAUUGAGGUCACUUACAAUAGAAAACACAGAGCAUGCAAAACCUUAACACAGGAAAUGUACUGUUUCUUCUCACAAUCUUUAGUAAUGAUGAGUAUUUAGUACCAUGUACUACUUUUAUUUUUUAGUUCUACUAUUAAACUUUUUGGACAAGUGUUA